AUGACUCGAAAAGAAGCCCUAACUGCUCGUGCCUGAUUCAUGCUUUCACCAGUGUUUGGAUUUAGCAGCCAUUUAAAGUCUUGGUUUGUGAUUUAUUUAUAAGAAGUUCUAAAAUUAACAUCGAAGUGUGUUUGACCGGAGCAAGAGAGUACAGACGGGGGAGAAGGGGGAGGAAAGUGUGUGAGAAAGAAAAAAAUAAAAAACCCACUGCCAUUUUCUCAUGUCUCCUGACAGUGGCAGCUCCAGACUUAUUGGACCCUAAAUCCGCCACUCACAACUCCAAGCCCCGCCUCUCCUUCUCCACAAAGCCAAUCACAAUGACUCCCCGAGAGGAGAGUGAGGUGAGAAAAGUCCAGGUUUUGGAAGUACUUUCUUUACUUUUUAUUUCACCAGGUGUUUAUUCCUUGGUAGGGAAAAAAAAUCCACCUUUUUGCUGAGUGCUAAUUCAGAACCCUCCAUAUAUAUGUUGGUUUACUGACCAGUUAAGUGUUUUAGGUUGUUGCCACAGUGAUGAAAUGGAAGACGGUGUCAGCCAUCUUUCUGUUGGUGGUUCUGUACCUGGUGAUGGGAGCAGCCGUCUUCAGAGCCCUGGAGCAGCCUCACGAGAGGUAUGCAGGUUAUAUAUAAAUCCAGCUGUCAUGGCUUCAAAAUAGUGUUACAUGAACCAAUGGAAAUACACAAGAAAAACCUUUGCAGGGAAGACCAACAUCUGUACUAGUGAUGGAGUAUGAUGAAAAACUAUAAGACGUGGAGUUCCCCAAGGCUCAGUACUUGGGCCACUCCAAUUUAGAUUCUACUUUGCUCAAGUCCUACAGCAAAGCAUUAUUUGUGCAGCUAUAUACCUUCAAGGUUUACUCAACACUCUUAUCAAAUAACCCUGAAGCUCCUUUAUUAGCAUCAAAUUCAAAAGUAGAAAGACUUUAAGUUGAAUGAAUUUCUCUUGGUCACUUGAUUGAGUUAAUAUUGUAGAAUUAUAGCCUACGACUGUCACAUUUGUAAUUUAGUGUGUAAAUAUUAGAAGCAGGAACCAUCAGCCAGUAGUUAGUGGUUCAUCAUGUUGUUGGAUGAAGUAGUUCACUGUUUUCACCAGUCUCUGUUGGCUUGUGAUUUAUGGUAACCAUGAUCAAUCAAACAAAGAAAAAAACAGUGUGUAUGAAACUUCAAGAUAGAUAAUAGAUGACCUUAAAUAACAUGGAGAGGUAGGAGAAUGCGCUGUGCAAUUGUCAAUCAGGGACACAAGAGCCAUAUCACAAUUCUUGUUAGAGUAAGAAAUUCACUCUAAAAGUGGACCCUGUUAUAGAAAUAUAAGUCAUAGUUAUGAAGAUUUCGAUCCGUUACCCUUAUAUUUUUCAUUCUGUCUUGUAGUGCCCAGCGUUUGGCCAUACUGACCCAGAAGCUGGAGUUCUUGUCCAGGCAUCCCUGCGUCAACCAGAGCCAGCUGGAGGAGCUGGUGAAGGUGAGACUGACCUCACAGAAAACAUUUCUGAACGUGUCUUUGUAAUCAUAUACGGCUGUAACUUUGAAACAGUUGCAGAGGUUUCAGCACCACGGACAGCUCCUGAAGAGGACAAAUAAGAGGAAAUGUUGAAAUGUUUGUUGUCCUGUUUGUUGUUUGGGUUUGACUAGAAACCUAGAAGAAGAGCAACACUAUCUGAAUUGCUGAUUUAAAAACACCGGUUUGAACUCAUGAAUCCCUCUCUUUCUUUAUUCCAGCAAGUGGUGUCUGCAAUACGUUCAGGAGUUAACCCUGCAGGAACACUGACUAAUCACAGCAGCCUCUGGGACCUAAGCUCCGCCUUCUUUUUUGCUGGGACUGUUAUCACAACCAUUGGUAAGGCACACACACAUUCAAACAUAUGUAAAGAUCUAACACAUGUAGUAGGCUUUGUGGUGAUGAGGUGUGAUUUCAGAUGCGUCAAGUGUGAUCAGUUUUCUUAUAUCACAAGACGUCCUGGAUAGAUGAUUAAAAUAACUGCUGCUGCUGCUGUAUUAGAAAGCAUAUAAUGCUGCUGACACAUUUUCAGUGUCUAUGUUGUGUUUGUCCUCUUUUAGGUUUUGGGAACAUUUCCCCACACACUGAAGGUGGGCGGAUCUUCUGCAUCAUCUAUGCCUUGUUGGGGAUCCCUCUGUUUGGUUUCCUUCUGGCUGGUGUAGGAGAUCAGCUUGGCACCAUAUUCGGCAAAGGCAUCACAAGGGUGGAGAAGAUGUUUGUGGUGAGUCUGGAGGAACAAGGACUGACACAAACAAUGCACAGAUAUAUACAUUUAUUUCACAUUAGACUAACUGUGACUUAAAGGAGCCUGAUAUUGAAAAAAGUAAAGUGUACCGGGGCAGCCUUAUUAAACUGGAAAGCUGAGUAUGUCUAUACCGCAUCAUUUUGCUCUUUUCAAGAAGUGUUGUUGGCUGUGGUUUGAAUAGGCAGACAUUGUUUUAUUUAAUGAUUUCAUUUCAGUUGAGCUUGGUCUCGCUGCAUCAACAGAAAGGGUAAAAACUUCUUCAUAACAUAAGCAUAGAUCCGCUCACAGCAGACAUAAUUAUGAGGGGUAGUCCAGCUUACAGGUACGCGUUGUGGUAACAUUUUUGCAGCUAUAUACCUUUAAGGUUUACUCAACAGUCUUAUCAAAUAACCCAGAAGCUGCUUCAUUAGCAUCAAAUUCAGAAGUAGAAAGACUUUAAGUUGAAUGAAUUUCUCUUAAGUCACUUGAUAACAAAUGAGUUAAUAUUGUUGUAUUAUAGACUAUGACUGUCACAUUUGUAAUUUAGUGUGUAAAUAUUAUGAGGGGGUAGUCCAGUUUACAGAUAAAUUUAUAAUCUGCUGAUUUAUAGUCUUAGAAAUGAACUGACUUAAGCUUUGUAUGGCAGCAUUUACCCUGUAAGAGGAAAUCAAUCAUAGGAGUAUUUUAAAUAGAUAUCUUAAAUAUCUUAAACAUAUGUAUUUCUGUCUAUAUUAUGUGGUUUUGGUUGUUUUAGGGGACAUUUGAACAAUGUGCUGCUUAUCCAGUGUCUGCUGUUUGCUGUUUUUCAAAGCAGAGUGCACACAAGUUUUGGGUGUGCAAGGGGCAAGUCUGAGGAGGUUAGUCUGAAUAAUUUACAGAGAAGCACUCUCUACAAUAUCUUCACCCACACCAGCUCUUUCAGGUUUUAUUUAAAAAGGACAACCUUUUGAUUUAACUAGCAUGCUAUGCACAGAUUUAACCUUAGCAUGUGUCAAAGACAAAAUGCUUCAUAUUCAUGUAUCCUUAAAUUACACUGUGUAAGUGGCAAUCAAACCGCGGCAAAGAAGUUUCCAGGAACAAGGUCAUCUUUGUUUUUCAGCACUGUGACGUUGAUUUCAGAGAUUAAUAAUCUUUGAACAGUCAUCAGUCAGAUCAUAUGCAGACUUACCGAUUUAGAAACAGGGGGCAAAAAUACUUUGGGAGCAGGAAGCAUAAAUGUGCAUUGUGCUUUCUAAGUUGCCCCAUGAAUAAAACCUUUGACCAGAAUUUACAUUUGGAUGAAUAAUUCUGCGACUUAGUUUCAGACCGAGAGGAUUACCAUGCAUAAGAGCUUCAUUUCACCCUUAAACUGCUGCUGAAUGCAUGUUUGGAAAUGAGAGACAUAAGUUCACACUGUUUGUGUUGAGCUUUUGUAAGGUGAAGGAGUUGUAUUGAAUAAAUUGCUUUCUAGUCUUGAAUGAAAUGAGCCAGUGCUGCUCUCAAGGCACCAGAGGGACCCUGGAUUUAAUUUAAUGUUGAAGGCUGAGGGCUGAGGACAAAAGCUCAUAGUGUGUGCGGGGGUUUGUGUAUGCAUGUUUGUCAAAGACUUGUGGCUUUGUGGCCAGAUUGGUCUGUUUUCUCCAUUGCGGCCAUUGUGAAUGUGUUUUCUUCUUCCUGUACCCAUGAGACCAAUUUGUAGGGAAAUAAUGCUGUGACUGCAUUCAGAUUCUGGCUCUUCUCUCAUUUUACUUGAUUUCAUUUUCUGUGCUCGGUCUGUCACGUGUCUCGUCUAGACAGCAAUACAUCAAAAAAUAAUCCCAGGGGUUGACUCUUCCCGAUUUCAGUGACACUUUGACUUUUUUUCAAGCACUUUGGUCCAUCAGCAUGAGAUCCAGUUUUUAUGGAAAAUCUCAAGAAAGUUUUAAGUGAUUUGACAUUUAAUUUGGUUAACACCUGCCAGACUGAAGAUGUAUGGACUACAUGUACUAACUACAUUCAAGGGACUUUUGAUUUGUGUCAAUUUCUGUCCCUCUGUUGACAAAAUAUAACCUAUCUCUGCUGAUUUGUACAGAACAUGUGUGAGUUGUGUUUUCGGUUUCACUUUACUUGACGCCUAUCUCUAUAGCCAGUAUAAAUAUAUGUAUAAUGCAUUAUAAUCACAUUAUAGCACUGUAUAACUAUAGUUAUUAACACUCAUAAAUGAUCAUAAUGCUUUAUAUCAGUAAAAUCAGUAAGGCAUUUUAUCAUGACUUACAAGGUCAGGUAUUAUAAUGUGUUAUUACUGUUAAAAACAGUUGCAUUGCAUUAUCUAUGUGGGCAUUGUCAGUGAGUUGUUAACAGUUAUAACACAUUAUAAUACCUGACCUUGUAAGUCAUAAUAAAAUGCUUUAUAAUGUGUGAUGAUUAUUGCUGUUUAGCAUUGUGAUCAUUUAUAGGUGUUUUUAACUAUAGUUAUUCAGUGCUAUAACAUGAUUAUAACACAUUAUAAAUAUAUUUAUAAUGUGUUAUAGAGAUAGGCGUCAAAUAAAGUGUUACCGUGUUUUCUGAUAAUAAUAAUUAUCAUAUUAAAUUUUUACCAUUUUGGUAUUGUAUAGCUAAGCGCUUCAUUGUCCCCCUUGGCAGAAGUUUCAGAUACAAAGAACAACUCUACAGAAGAACUUUGAGUUUUUGGUGUUAAUCAUUUAAAGGCAUGAUGAGUAAUUUUAGCCUGUUUUAUAAUCAACCCUUUAAGCUUAAAUUGUUUGGUGAAGCUACCAGAUGAAGAGUCAGCUUUGUCUGUAGAUGUUAUCCCAUCAUUCCAAGAGCACAUGGUGAUGGCGUUCAACAAAGGGUUGAAGGUUUGAGUCAAAUCAGGGGCUGGUGUAGAGAGAAUUUUGCCUCUAAACACACACUGUGGUGGUCACCGAGCUAAACUAGCACUAUUGCUCCACUACAGUAUUUCUUAGUAUUGACAGGGAAGUGUUUUUACUUAUUGCUUGCAUUGCUUGCAUUGUUCCCAGACACAGACUGCUUAGCUUCAGAAAAUUCUUACUGAGCCUCCAGACUGGCUCUAAAUUCGUGUUAAUCUUCUAAAGGAAUAGAAUCAGUGGCAUUCGCCCUUAUUUCCUCAUUUUGUUCAAAGCCCCUUUUCAUUGCUGGCUUCAAGAAAGCAUUCAGCAACUUUCUGCAGUUUGAACACUGACUAGGGUGCUUCUAUUAACAUUACAACAUGACAUAUUUUUAAUGAUGUUUUUGGGGCAUUUUUGCCUUUAUUAGAUAGGACAGCCAAAGAGAGACAGGAAUUGUGAGGCUCACAUUAAAACUAGUUGGAGAAACAUACAAAGUGUACAAAAAACCCUUCAUGUCUCACAAAAAUAAAAAGGAAUAAAGAUGAAGAAAUUUGUUUGGCCCGCUUCAGCCUCUUUUGACAGCAUGUUUGGCAGAGUGAUGAAGAGUAGUGGAGUGCAGUGACAAGUGAUGCAUGCAUACAUCAGGUAGAGUGGUUAGCUCAUGCCCAUGGCUGGCUAGUUGGGUUGUCAGGUCUUAUGACACAUAAGCAUAGAGGCUCAGGAGCACCCAUCUGAUUGGUAUUGACGAGAAACAGGGGGCUAAUCGUCUAUAAGUAAGGAAUAAAGAGGAAGAAUGAGUUAAAAAGAGGGAGACAUCUGUCCUAACUAGGAGCAAUGGCAGGUUUGCCCUUAUUGAAGUGUUUCAUUGAAGAAGGCAGCAAAUUUCAGCUUCAGAUGUUGGUGAUAACUUUGCUGGGGUUAUCAAUCAAUCAAUCAAUCAAUCAAAUUUUAUUUAUAUAGCGUCAAUUCACAACAGUGGUCAUCCCAAGAGGCUUUCCAAAGAAAAAGAGCAGGUCUGGACCACGCUCAUUGUUUGAUGAAUUAUCAAGACCCAACCUAAGAUGGGAUUUGGCCCAUCUCAUCUAACAUGAGUAACAGUGGCUUUAUAACUCAUCCACCAUGACCAUUGCGCAGCUCAAAUUUAUGCAUAACCAAAUAGCGUUAACUCCCCCCUCUCUGCUGGUUUCUAGAUGAUCUAAAGUUUAUUUGGAGUCAGUAUUUCCAAUCACCAACACAGGCGCCAAACCAUCACUUAAGAAACCUUCAGGUGAUUCUACUGUAACUGUGCCCAUGAUUUAUGUCGUCUGUGUUUACAUCACAGCUCAUGCAGUAUACCUACCACAAACUCACACAAACUCAAAAAGCUGAGGACCAGCUGGAUCUUCUUCUCUGUGUUUCAUCACAAACAGAUCAAACACACCAGGUCUCCAUAGACGUCAUAGAGAUACCUGUCAGUCAUAAAGGUAAAUCUGUCAUAUCAACCAACUCUUCUGCUUCCUCUGUGUCCCCUGCAGCACUGGGACAUCAGCCAGACAAAGAUUCGCGUCAUCUCUACCCUGCUCUUUGUGUUGUUUGGCUGCCUGCUGUUUGUGGCGCUCCCAGCGGCUAUCUUUAAACACAUAGAGGGCUGGUCUGCGCUCGAGUCCCUUUACUUUGUCGUCAUCACCCUGACUACUAUAGGAUUUGGGGACUUUGUUGCAGGUACAAACACCGACAGUGAUUGACUAUCAACACACAGAAAAAAAAACUGUCCAUGUGGAUUUCUAUCUCAAUGUCUCUGUGUCCCCUCUGUGUCUGUGUCCAGGUGGUUCGGAAAUAGAGUACCUGGAUUACUAUAAACCAGUUGUAUGGUUCUGGAUUCUGGUCGGACUGGCUUACUUUGCUGCUAUUCUCAGCAUGAUAGGAGACUGGUUCAGGGUCAUCUCCAAGAGGACCAAAGAAGAGGUAUGAGACCCUUAAUUUACUGAGUUUUUCUCAUUUCUUUGAUAUUUUCUCUCACCUGUCUGUCUGCCCUCUGAGUUUGUCCCUGUGUCUGUGUCUUUGAGCACUAUCACACUGUACCCAGCCUCUGUGCCAUGUCCCCUCCUUAACUUUUGCCCUCUGCUUAACUUCAUUUCAAUGAUAAGACACUUUUCUAAUCUAAUCCACUGUCUGCAACGCAAACACAUUUACGGUCUUGGGCCAUUACUGUGAGCAUCUCCGGAGAGAGAGGGAGAAAGAGACGGAGGACAAUGUGUGAUGAUGUCCUUAUCAGGAAACAUAUUUGGAAACAUCUGUGCUCUAAAUAUAACAGCGAUUAUGCAGAUAAAUGUUCCCAGGGUUUGAUUCAGCAGAGUUUAAAUGACAGGUGAGCACAAAGAUGAUAUUUGGACGACUGUAAGGGACAAAUAUAAAUAUUGUGGAAGAGUUUAGGACUGAAGUUUUCUUUUUUGAGGAGAAUAUAAUGAUGUGAUGAGGAACCUGCUAGUUGAGCAGAGUUAGUUCGUUAAUUCUGCUUACCAUCUUCAGCUGUUAAGUGGUGAUGCAUGAUGCAUUGUGGCUGUGUGUUUAUUAAUGCUUUGAGGAUCUCAUGCUGAAGUCCUGCUGUGACACGCCUUCACCUCACUGAUCUGUGGAGGUUUAUCAUCAUGACAGGACUCUGUUGCAUAGUUUUUAUUAACAACAACAACAACAAUAAUAAUAAUGAUAGUAAUUGUUUAUUUGACAUAGAGGCAGAGGAGUUCAAUUUGCCUCCCAGUAAGUAAAGAAACAGAUAUUAAAUAAAGAAAAUAAAGAGUAGAAAAUGAAAUAAAAUUGUCAAAUUAAACGAGGUAGGCUCUGAAAAGCAGACAUAUAAAUCCAGGGAACAAAAAAACAUCUAAAGGAUGAAAAUAAAACAGAAUUGUAGACAGCAAGUCAAGGCAGUUAUCUACAAACUUAAGUUGGGUUGGAAGAUAGUUUGGCAUAAGUGUUUUUUAAAAAGAAGAAUAAGUCAUAUAGGUCAGUAAAAACGAUUAAGAGCCUUGUCACUGAGAAAGCUUUGAAUCAACCAAGCAGACGCUGGCAGGCAGCCAGCGCUGUCCAGCUAAAACUGGGAUGUUAUGUUCCCUUCUUUCUUGUUCUGGUUCAAAGCCUGAAAGCAGAUCUCUGAAUUAAUUGUAUUUUAUCAAUGGGCCGCCUUAGAAGAGCCGUAAAAGAGAAUCACUGUAGGCACAUCUCUUUGUGUUUACUGACAUCUUUUUGGGGAGGAAACAUCCAAACUCCUGCAAUAUUUCUCAGUACAACAAAGAUGGUUUGGUCACAUUCCUUGUGCGGGAUUUUAAAAGAAUUCAAAGUCUGAGAGAACAAAUAAACUUGUGACUUUGAGAUUUACUAGAUCUGAACUUUUUAAUUUAGAGGGAACCAUUUUUAUUUUGUUUAUAGACAAAUUACAUUUUAGUCAUGUAUAUGAUAUGAUUCACGGUUAAAGGGAGGCUACUUGAAAGUUACUACUAUGUGUGCUUGUGCUCUCAUGCACUCUUUAGUUUGGCCACCCCAGCCAAAAGAGUCCUGAAAAUGGUUUAGAUUCAAUUUUCACACCUCUCUGCUUCAUUUCCCUCCUUUUUUAAAGUUUUUUUUCUGUGCCAUGCAAAUGUGCACGUGUCAGUUUUUGAUUUAUCAAUACUUACAAAAUUGAAUCUAUGAAUGCAAAAUGAAGUAUUUACCAGGGGACUGCCAUUCAUAGUACAUCAUGUAAGCAGAAAAGAAAAUAUAUAGGACAUAGAGUUUGUAAGAACUUUAGUGACUGACAGUUUCCUGUAUUUAAAGAAAGAGACGUGCUGAAUGGUGAAUAUGUCACAUCUUUGGCUUCCAACAAUAAUUGCAUGAGUUCAGCAAAAACUCGAUCAAACGUGCACUUUAAAACUGUUCUUCAAAAGACUCGUGAUGGGUCUUGGCUCAAGGUAGCGAUACUUGUGCUUCUUUAAAAUAUGUUGAACAGAUACAUAUUUUGCCAUAUGUAAUGAAGAGUAUUAAGUUGACUCAAAUCUUGCACUGUGCCUUGGAUUGUUUUUAAAGGUCAGUAGUGGUUUGCUUGUUGAUAAAUUAAUAUAUAUAUAUUUUUACAAACGCAAUAAUGCCUCCACAAGUUGAAUUAAGUCUGAUAUGGAUCUGUCUCUGCAGGCAAACGAAGCAACAGUGUUUUGCUCCAUUUUUGUUUGAGACUAUUCUUGGCUAUAGAGAGUGAAUACAGAGUAAGAAGUGGUGUGGUGUUAGAGGCUGAAACUAUUCAUAUGAUUUACCAUUUAAUGUGGUCUCUUGGACCGACAGUGAGAUGUUAAAUUUAUGUUAAUGGGAUGUAAAGCAAUUCAUAAAACAGAGGUGUUUUUCCUCGGUGGAGAUUUUCAUUCGCUGAAUAAAAAGAAGUCUGAGUGUGACUCUGAAAACUUUUGUAGCAUAUAACUCAAUACAUGUUAUGCAUUUUCUACCAAAAUUAUACAUAUUAUUGCUAUUUUGUCAUAUCAAGCUCAACUGUGUGGGUAUAUGUGUGUGUGUGUGUGUGUGUGUGUGUGUGUGUGUGUGUGUGUGUGUGUGUGUGUGUGUGUGUGUGUGUGUGUGUGUGUGUGUGUUACAUAUAAUUGCUGAUUGAACUGAUUCACUGAUUUGGUCUGUGCCACUGUCCCUCUGUAUAUAUGUUAUUCUAGUCAUAUAUAAAGUCGCAUUUGAAAGGCAGAAGGAUUCAAAGACAUAACAAACAGAAACAUCUUUAUUAGAUAAUGUUAUGUAAUGGUCAUCAACUGACAUGGCUAAGAUGCCAAAUUAAUACCAGAACAGGCAAUGUUAAAACAAAAAUCUCUAAACACAUUAAGUUUACGUACAGUUACUUUGUCAAACACAGAAUUAUCGGCAAAGCUCUUUGUCUGCUCUAGUUGGUUUUUGUAUUUUCCUGAUCUUAAAGAGACUAAAGCUGCAGAUCUGUAAUUAUGCACUAUCCUGCAGACCUCUGCUGUAACUCAGGUUUUAAAAAGUGCGCUAUAAAUACAGGCUUGAUUUGGAUAGCCCUCAUCAUAAAAACCACCAAGAGAUCACGUCUAAUUGUUUUGACCAAUUUCUAUUUAUUCCUCAUCUUUAUUUCUCUCUUCCUCUCUGCAGUUGCGUUUUAGAUGUCAUCCUUUUGACUGAUCAAACAGAAACUGCUGGCUCAGAUUUGUCUCAAAGAGUUUCAUGAAUCAAACGUCUCUACCGUCUUCUAAUUUCACCUUUUUUGCCUUUGCAGGUGGGAGAGAUCCGAGCUCACGCAGCGGAGUGGACGGCAAACGUCUCUGCUGAAUUCAAGGAAACACGGCGUCGUGUUAGCGUUGAGAUCUACGACAAGUUCCAGCGCGCUGCCUCGAUAAAACGCAAACUGUCCUCAGAGCUGGGAUUCAGUCCAACUCCUGAGUUCACUCUGCCCAAGAGGACUGUAUCCGUCAAUUUCAAUGACGACCGGGAGAAGAAUGAGAAGGACGCGGUGCUACAGAGCUUGACCGCACCACUGGCCAGAAAUGGAGGAUCUUUCAUGAACGGUUUGGACCCUGAGAGGGGGGAUUUUAUUGAACAUGUGAAGUAG